AUGGUUCCUCCACUGGAUCUCUCGACUCACACCAAGGUCAUGAUUGCGCCUCCAAGGCUCAACCUCCGCCGAAAUGCUUCAUACAACAACUAUGAGAAAGCACCGCUCUCAUCGACUUCGGCUCGGUUCAACUUCAACCACCUUCUCUUCUCUCCUCCUCCCUCGCCCAGUCUUCCGGCACUGGUGCCGCGACCAAAGAAGUCGCCCGCAAAAGCCUUAAUUGCUCGACCAAGCCGGGUGCUGCGAUAUUUGCUUUAUCUUACCACGCUUUUCACUACACUAUACUUUGCUCGCCUUGCAUUUAGAAACAAAGAGUCCAUCAUUGCAGUAUGGCCUCAUUUCACGACUGAAGAGUUCGAAAUGGUUGGGCAGGAUGCGAUACCGGACUUUCCAACGCCCAUAGUGGUCAGCCAUAGUCACUCUCAGUCCAAGUGGACCGUGUCUAUUCCGCACCAUUAUGACUUCCCUCUGACGGUGGAGGAGUACGAUGGAAUGGGAAGCAAAUGCCGCGAAGUCUCGGCUCACACGAGGGAGCUCCGUGGCAAAGCCCCCUUAUCCGACGAAGACAAGCUUCACUACGACGCCGUAGACGAGUAUUUUGUCGACGUGUAUGAGGCUGAGCUGUAUGGGCUGCUUCCUCCGGUUGCACAGGGAGACGCUGCCCAAAAAUCUGGGCACUUUGUUGGAUUGAACUGGGAGUCCAUGGCCGCACUACCUCUUUGCCAAUCUUCCGUCACCUAUGUGUUGGAGAGCUCAGAUGCUGGGCUGGGCACUGCUGUCAUGGGCAUGUGGAUGCUUUACGGCCUGGCAAAACAAGAUGGCAGGGCCUUUUUCAUUGACGAUUCUCGUUGGGCCUAUGGCAAGUAUACCGAUAUCUUCAAAGCACCGCCGCUGCCAGACUGCCGGCCUCCCCCGCGGCACCGGAUGCUUCCUUGCCCUGCACAGGCAAAGCAUCUAGUCGUCACUGGCACCACGCUCAAAGACGUUUUCCCGGCUUUGAUGGCGAAGUACCACCGCGCCGCAGGAACCAGCAACAACCUUCGAGAUCUGAUGGGGCUUGCAAGAUCUGGAUACGAAGCACUCUUCAAGCUCAACUCCGAUGACCAAGAGUAUGCCCACAAUCGUGUGCAGCAUCUGAAGAAGGAGGCAAUGGAAAGAGAUUCGGCAGUCCCACGUGUCCCCAUCGUAGGGCUCCAUGUUCGGCGUGGCGAUUCACACCCUCUCGAAUACCAAUAUCGCAACACUUAUAUCCCAUCCGAGGUGUUUCUCAGCAAGGUCCAGGAGCUGGUAGGCGCGUACUAUAGCCCUGAGGACCAGGCGCUACUCACGAAUAAAUCCAUCACCAUCAUCGCCUCUGACGACCCUGAUGUCUAUAAGCAGCCCGACUUCUCCGACGCCAUGUUGGCGCAAGAGCGUAUCCGCCUGGCCUCCAAAGAAGCCACUCCGCGGGAAGAGGUCAACCCGAAUGUGCUUCAUCAUUUCGAGGAUGAAACCUUGGGAUGGGAAGGCGGGUUUUUUGCGCCCAUGUUCUGGAAUCUGGGAUUCGGCAGGAAGCACAACGGCCAUGCAAAUGGAGCGCCGGCGGGGCGGGUAGAACCGCCUUCUGAGCAGACGAUUCAGCUGCGCAGUUACAUGGGCAGGGCAUAUAUGCUUGACCUGGCAGUUCUUGCGGGAGCAAGUGACAAGGUCGUGUGCACUGUUAGUUCUAUGGGUUGCAAGAUGUUGGGAGUGAUGAUGGGAUGGGAAGAUGGGAUUGAAAAGGGAGGUUGGGUCAACAUUGAUGGAAAUUACCCGUGGGGAUGGAUGAACUGA